AUGCGUGCCACUACGCUCAGUGGCGAACUGCUUCCCGCCCGUCAACACGCUGGCAGCAGUCCUUGGGCAGCAGCGGAUGCGGUGCGAGACAUGUCAACGAAUAAUCGACAACCAUCGGAAACGGUACCAGUUCGGCCCAGUAAUCUAAACAACCGGGAUGUAGUGCUGACAAGUCUGGUUGCCGGUGCGACAGCGGGUGCGCUGGCAAAAACCACUAUCGCACCGCUCGAUCGUACGAAGAUCAACUUCCAAAUCAACAAAGACGUCCCGUACACGUUCCGGGCAGCGCUCGGAUUCCUACGAAAUACGUACGUCCGCGAAGGUUUCCUGGCACUGUGGCGUGGUAACUCAGCAACCAUGGCACGCAUUAUUCCCUACUCGGCCAUCCAGUUUACGGCCCACGAGCAAUGGAAGAAGAUACUGCAGGUCGAUCUUCACAGAGACACGGAGGUACGCCGUUUCAUGGCGGGUUCGCUAGCGGGGAUCACAUCCCAGUCGCUGACGUAUCCGCUCGAUCUGGCCCGUGCCCGGAUGGCCGUCACGGACAAGUACUCAGGGUACAAGACGCUGCGGGAAGUGUUUGUAAAGAUCUGGCAGUGUGAGGGUCCGCGAACGUUAUAUCGUGGCUACUGGGCGACUAUACUCGGUGUUAUACCGUACGCCGGUACAUCGUUUUUCACGUACGACACACUCAAGAACGAAUACUACAAAAGGACGGGAGAUAAAUCUCCCAACACUGUGAUAUCGCUCACGUUCGGUGCGGUAGCGGGCGUCAUUGGUCAGUCGUCUAGCUACCCGCUAGACAUCGUGAGACGGCGGAUGCAAACCACCGGUGUGACGGCUCAGUGCGCCGAUCAGUAUCUUACCAUCGGCAGGACACUGAUCAAAAUAUACAGGGAGGAAGGACUUAUCGGCGGCUUUUACAAAGGCUUGAGUAUGAACUGGAUCAAGGGGCCGAUAGCUGUAGGUAUCAGCUUUGCUACGUACGAUCACAUCAAGCAUCUACUCCGGGAUAUCAUACACAUCAGGGACUCCGACCGGGCUCGGUAA